UGCAACAGCCGCCAAUGACGGAGAGACCGACGUCAUGGAAACAGUAGCCAUUCUAAGUGGUCGUUCCCCUUCAUACGAGGACAACAGAACGAGAGUUCAUCAGCACACCAGCGGCGGGGGCACCACUGCAGCAUGUGAUGACGUGUUGGUCACUAUUCAAAUGGAAACUGAGCAGAUGCUGGCUAAUGUGGAUGACAACGAAAGCGGUGCACGAGGGAACAGUGGUCACACAGAGAAGGUGGGUGGAGAGAGAGAGGACGAAGAUGUUGGCAGCGAGGGUCCUCACAGUGGAUGCAUUGUCAAAGAUUCAAAUGUGACAAAGACAAUGGCAGGAGAUAGAUACCCGUACGAUGUGAACUGGGUGCCUGGUCGUGUUCAGCCUGGUAUCGUUGGAGAUGUGGAUUGCUUUGCUUUCAAGGUUGGUGAUGAGUGGGUUGUUUUUCCUCCCCCGAUGAAUGAAACAUGGUGUAACGUAUGUCUGUUAUUUAUCUAUGACAGAGUGUUGAGGUUAAAUGAUGGGGCAACGACCCAAGAUGCUUGCCGACACGCAUUGGACAUGUAUCGUGUUCUAGAGGCAAAGGGUGAGUUGCGCGUCAAUGAUUUCCUAUAUGACAACAUUGACUGCGGUCGGCUGUGGGAGUUGUGUGGCCAGCAAGGCAGGAGGAGAACGCCAGUCACCCAGGAUGAUGCAAGGAGGGAUCCUCGAUGGGGUUGGGUGCCAUCUACAGUCCCAUUUGGAUAUGGCCGUGUCAAGAUGCAAGUGCGUGAUAUCAUGGGCAAUGUGUGGAGCGCUCAUUAUGUGAAUGGCAUGUUUUCGUUCCGUCAUUUCGACAGAGAAGCAACUGCGGAGGAAAAGGAAGCGAUGAGAUGCAGGCCACCCGAUGCACGCAUUUCUGACCCGCCACUCGGUAAUCCUGUCGAGUUGGCCCUCGCUGAAGCGAAGGUGUUUACUGGUGAAAAGCGAAUCACAUACGUCCACGUUAUGGGGAAAGAAGCCACAUUUGAUGGCAUCUGUAUGGACGUAUGGGACCAUACAGCAAUGCGGAAGGAUGUCGUCGCAGCCAGUAACAUUGCGGCGCAUGUGCUUCAAGAAGGGCAGUUGUACCAGCAUGUGGCCCGUGACAUGUACGGAUACCAUAUCAACUGGGUACCUGGUUCUUUGCAUCCAACAGUUGUUGAUGGCAAAGUGACACUGGCAGCAAGGAUGCAAUCCGGUGAGUGGCUGYCUUUGGGUUGGAUGCAUGCUGGCGUUGUGGAGCAUUGGCAGUUCUUGGUGGUGGUGACACGUGUUUCCGUUUGCAAUCCUCAUGUGAGGGACCGGCGAUUGCUGGAGGAACACGCUCAACGUUGUUGGGAGAAGAUAAGGGAGGAAGAUCGGCAGAUGGUGUGCAUGGGAUAUGACGACCACAAUGACCAGGCAAUGUGGUUCAUUGUGGAAGACGCGUGCACCGACCAACCACGGCCCUCGACGAAUAACUUGUUGCUGGAGGGCAUUCGACGCAGAUACGGGUGCACAUCACUACUCGGGUGGGUCCCUGUCGUCUGUCUCAUGACAUAUGAGCAUGGGGAACAGAUGUACAUGAGAUUGAGAGACCCUCUGGGUGUCCAUUUCCAGCUCACGUUCAUGGAUGGACUGCUGCGACAUAUUCAGUACACGGGUGAUGACGAUGGUCGUGCUGCAAUCAACCCUCAACAAACAGCACAGCAGCAGCAKGACAUUUCACAUUUCUCCUCUGAUGUCGACGCCCCGAAAAAAACACAUGAUGGGGGAUGUUCUCACGCACAACCCGACGACGGUGACACCCCUGUGGAGCACGUGACAGGGAGGGCARAGAAGAAGAAGAAGCAGUGCACGUCCAGGCCGCCUCGUCAUCCCAGGAGUCCCACAAAAGCAAAAGGCAAAGAAAAAGUUGUCCCACGUAGAGGCGAGACUCCCAAAGCAGCCGCUGCCCCAGCUCCUAAGCGCAGGCGCCGCCCGGGGAUGGCAGCAUUGGCAGAGAUUCGGCAACUCCAACAAUCUACUAACUUGUGCAUCGCUUUGAGGCCAUUUAUAAGGGUAGUGGGCGAGAUCGUCGAAACAGAUAUCGCACCGGGGGAGUUUAUGAGGUUUCAGAUGAGCGCCAUACGUGCGUUGAUGGAAGCGGCGGAAGCAUAUCUCAUCAACCAUUUCGAGAGAACGAACAUCAUUGUUAUCCACUGCAAGAGGGUGACGAUCCAGCUGAAGGACCUGAGGUUGGUUGAUAACUUGUCCAAGGCUCGCUGGGAAUACAGAUACUAAGGCAUUACCGACGAGCAGAAGAGAGCAGAAAAGCUACGGCAGAUGAAUGCU